UUUUACGAUUUUUGACGAGCGUUUCAGUUAUGUGUGGAAUGCCACAUUGAAUUGGCUGGCCCCGUAGUUUGGAUGAAAUGUUAAUUACAGAUAUCUGAUCUCGCAAACGACAGGGACUAUUGCUACGGGGCUUAAUGUCACAUAGAGCAAAUUGCCUGUACACCCUUUGACCUCUUGCUGCCGUAUAAACAACAACAACAAAAAAUUGUUGAUAGAUUUAUCAAUUGGAUUUGUUGCUCAAAGAGAUGGAUUGGAAAGGGUUGAUUUUCUUCCUUAGCAUGCUGUGCCUGUUUAGACCGAAGUUGACGUCAUGUUGCAAAUGUCCCGGUCCAGAACAUCCCCAAUGGUUGUACUGCAAGUCUGAUAUAGUCAUCAAAGCCUACAUCACGAACAUCACCCGAGUGUAUUCCAAACAGGUCCCGGGCCGUCCAAUUGGCAAUCACAUUCAUGUCCACAUCUAUCAGAAGUUCAAGGGAGAACGAAAAUUCAAGAACAUUGACCACACAAAGAUAUAUACGCCACUGGGAUGUAAUAUUAGACCAAGAAUCGGGCGAAAGUAUAUCAUGAUGGGGGUGAUCUUGGACAAUGAGAUGAGGAUGACCAAGUGUAACUUCAUGCAGUUGACACAUACACUGACUAAAACCCAACAGCUGGGAUUGCGUAAGCUCUAUAAAAAGAACUGCCGCUGCAUUGCUGAUAUUGGUACAGACAGUCCAUACCAUUUAAGUCCAAAAGAUCCCGGUUUUCGCGGCUGCACAUCUCGAAAAUCAAAACUAUUUGACGUUGAUUGCUACGUCAACCACGCUGUUUGUGUCUAUCGCAAGAAAACGUGUCAAUGGAAAGGAAAAUUCCGGAAAAAGCAACGAGGAAAAUAAACCAAAAA